CUGCCUUGUAAAGUGAUAUUCAGUCUAUUUUUUCUACUACCCUUAGCCUAUUCCACAAAAUUAUAUCGAUUCGGUCCAGAUGAAGCAGAUCAGGAUAAGUGCCAUUUUAAGGAGAUUUCAUAUUCAAGUGAACCGUCAGCGGUAACGUUGGAUGUGCCAAUAGUGUAUUUUGAAGAGACACAAAAUGCAAUAUAUAUUUCAUCGAAUGGUAUUGUUUCGUUUGGUAAACCGAUCGAAGACGAUCAGGAGAGCGUUAGAAAUCUCGACGAUGAAAGGAUUAACGCCAUUGCGGUCUUUUACGUACCCACUUCGGGUGGUACCAUUUAUUAUAGGUCAAUCUUCUUGAAUGCCUACAAAAAUCUGAUGGAAUUUUUUCUGCAGAUUAUUGCUAUCGAUCGAGCAGAACCGUACUACAUAACGAACGUCAGAAAAUAUCUAAUGAAAAUUGACCCAGCGAGAGCAACUUCUAGCGAUAACGACCUGCUGAAUGAUCUGAGCGAUCGAAUCAACAGGAAUUUCCCCACAGGGGAUUCAGGUGAAUUCAGAGCACUGCAUGCGAUCCUGAUCACGUGGGAUGAUGUGUCUGCUUCAGACGCAGAUGGUCUGAAUCAAUACCAGCUAGCGAUUGCAACUGAUGGUCUGAACUCGUACGCAGUUUUCAUUUAUAACCGAAUUGACUGGACAACAUCUCAUGAUAAGAUCGCACAAGCUGGACUCUAUUUCUCGGAUGGUCGACGGCAAUCAAUGGUCAACAGUGGAACACCGAAUAUUAGAGAACUGAUCAACUAUUCCAACAACCAAAAAGAAGGUUCAUAUAUAUUUCGAAUUUCUGGAGGAUCGCCUGAAGAUCCGCGUGUUUCUGACGUCGAUGAAGAUUAUUCAUAUAAUGACUAUGAAGCGGAAUACAAUCCAGACGAGGAGUUCAGACGACCUCAGCAACCAUCGGCAAAUUGCCCUCCAGAUCCAUAUCGAUACUCGUGUCCAACUGAAUGUGAAGUUCUCACGGAUGAUCGAGGGUGUUCGUUAUGCAUUUGUACACAGUCACCUGCAUAUCAGCCAUCUACCGCACAACAGAGUCCGAACGACAUCACUAAUAGUAUCGCUACGCCAGUCCAAAGUUACCAAUACGUUCCUGUGGCCUAUCCUGGGGAGUCACCAACACAACCCGAAGACGCGAUUAAUAGAGUCGACGAAGCACCUAGAGUGUCUUAUGGAGGGCAACAGGGCAGUGUGUCUGGAUCAGAUAUUCACCAGUUUCAACCAAAUAAACCAAUCUAUUCAUCAGUCGACCACCCUAUUCCACAGCCACGACAACCACCAUCGGAUAUUGAGCAACACAUCGAAAUUGCUGACACACCUUCAAGGGUGGACUCUUUGUCGCAUUCUACGAGCAAUUUCGGACAAGACCGCGAUAUGGCAUUAAGUUGUGCGCAAGCAAGUGAAACGAUACAGCCUUGUCACGAUCACGCAAGAUGCAUCGACUAUAAUCCUGGUUAUUGCUGCCAAUGUUUGGACGGCUAUUAUGGAAAUGGCAAAGAAUGCCUUAGAAACGGUAAUCCUUGUGAUCCACAACGUAUCAACGGAUACUUCGAAGGCGUGAUAAAUGGAGAGGAGAUUGGUCGAACCGAUUUGCACACGUAUGUGAUGACUGCCGAGGGACGAGCCUACAUGGCAUUGUCACAGAUUCCAGCACAUCUCGGACGCUCACUACUGCUGCUGAACCCAAUUGGUAGUGCAAUGGGUUGGCUGUUCGCGAAGGUUGAAUCACCAUCAUCUUACAACGGCUUUCAGUUGACAGGUGGCCUUUUCAAUCGCACAAUCAACGUUCACAUUGGUGAUCGGAGUGCGGUCACCAUAAAGCAGCAAUUCUCGGGUCGCGAUAUUCAUCACUAUUUUAAAGCCAAUAUAUUCGUGACUGGAACACUUCCACAACUUGCGGAGGGUGUUCAAGUGAUCUAUCCGGAUCAUGAGGAGGAGUAUCGACGUGAGGGUCCUGGCUUCGUGCGUUCCUACUCGUCACUUGAUGUGCUCGUCAACGAGCACGGCCAAGAACGCACUAUACGUUUAACGAUUGACCAGCAGAUCCACUUCGCCGAAUGUCCUUACAAGACGUUCUCAAAGGAUUCGAUUGUGGUGGUGAAGGUGACCCGACCGCACGUUGUCUACGAUACUGAAGAACGAAUUGUUCGCUAUGCAUCUGCAAAUGCGGCCACGAGUGAACGCAGUCAUAUAGUUGUCGAAGAGGCCACAGAUGAAGGUCAGGAACAACAGCAGCAAAUAUCAGCAUCAGGGCGGCACUUGGCUCAUGAAGCAAGGGAUCCGUGCGCGGAGGGUCAUCAUCUCUGUACACUCCCCAACAUGUUUUGUACUCGUGUUGAUCCGUCAUAUCGUUGUGAAUGCCAAAAAGGUUAUCAAACAAUGCCCGACGCCUCCACACAUCUCGGAUGGAAAUGCAUUGAUUUGAACGAAUGCGAUCGCGGUGAUCAUACAUGCGAUCGAAAUGCCGUUUGCACUAAUACUGACGGAAGCUUCAAGUGUGACUGUCGUCCAGGUUAUGAAGGCGAUGGAUUUCAGUGUUACAGUUCCGAACAACCAUCAAAGGGCGGAUGUCACAGUCAUCAGGAAUGCCAUCAAUGGGGUGAGUGUGUCUUCGGACACAAUGGUCAUCCAGGUCACUGCAAAUGUCGAGGAUGGUAUGUGGGCGAUGGCGUCAAGCACUGCGGUCCACCAGAAGAACAACCUCGAGUUCCAGAGCGUGAAGAAAUCGAUGAAAACUUGUGUGGCGGUUACACGUGUGAUGCAAAUGCUGAUUGCAUUACCGUACAAAGUGGAGGAGAGCAGUGCGUUUGUCGCCGUGGUUUCUAUGGUAAUGGCGUACAAUGCGAGCAAGUUGCGGACACGAUGCGCCCUGCUGUGCAUACAGUUAGUGUAGGAAGUGUGUGCCGUUCGCAUGACGAAUGCGGUGAACAUGGAAAUUGCGUUUACGGUAACGAUGUGGGAUUCUAUCGUUGUGUUUGCGUGCCACCGUAUAAAAGUGACGGUACUCGGUGUGUUCAGGAUGAAACUCAAGACAUUGAAUCCGUGCAGAUGUCAUGUGAUUUGGAGAAUAUUUGUGAUUUGAAUGCGGAUUGUGUUUUCGAAAGAGGACCGGAUGAUGAGGGUUACUAUCGUUGUAUAUGUAGGCCUGGCUUCACUGGAGACGGCAUUCGUUGCAUUCGAACCACAAUCGAUCAUAUUCCGUUCGAUACAUCAGAACAAGAAGAAGUUUUAGUUGAGCAGCAGUAUUGCGAUACGUUGCACAAUUGUGAUGUGAACGCUGAAUGCAUAUUCGACCCUCAAAUUGGUCAUUACAUAUGCAGAUGCAUGCCCAACUUCGAAGGUGACGGCUAUUCAUGUCCACCAAUUCAUCCACAUCUUGUCACUCAACCACCACAACCAACAGACGUGCGGCGGUCGUGCCAUGACGCGAGCGAUUGUCAUCGUAAUGCGCACUGCGUGGUUCGUGAGAAUUCAUUCGAGUACUUCUGUGAAUGCUUGCCAGGCUUCAAAGGCGACGGUGUUAAUGUGUGCAAAAGUGCUGAUGAAUGCAAUCCCACCGAUCCGCAAACUUGUCAUGAACAUGCCGAGUGUGUUUAUGGCCAGGUUGAGAGUGCUUUCGUUUGCAAAUGCAUUCAAGGUUAUGUUGGUGAUGGUCUGACGUGCACUCCACAAGCAAGACCGCCGAGUUGUGAUCAAGAACCGACAGUUUGUCAUAUGAAUGCUCAGUGCAUUUAUAAUACUGAGCAGGAUAAACAUAUUUGCAUAUGCCAGCCGGGUUCAAUUGGUGAUGGAUAUAAUAGUUGUGAAAUACAGGAUGCACCUCGUUGUGGCCGUUGUUCCACGUUUGCACGUUGUGUGCAGCAAGAGAAUGGUGCAUGGUCUUGUGAAUGUAAUCCUGGUUAUCAGGGCAACGGACACGUCUGUUCAGCACUUUCGAGUUGUCUUGAUGAUCCGUCAAUAUGUGAUCCGAAUGCUGAAUGUGUUCCUGGUGGGCAUGGACAAUACGUUUGCAAUUGUCAUUAUGGCUAUCACGGAAAUGGUCGGACGUGCACACCUGAUACCGAAGGUCGUGAGCAAGGUUUGUUAAUCGGGCGAGGAAUGACCGUUAUUCAACGCGGUACCAAUCCGGAUAUUCAUGGAAAGCAGUCAGAGCUGCAGAGUCCGGAGGGUAUCGUUGUUGACUGGUCGUCGAGGAACGUCUAUUACGCCGAUUCCGUGAAGGAUGAAAUUGGUGUGGCGACGCUCGAUGGUAAAUAUCAGAAGGCGUUGAUCACCGAAGGGUUGGUCAAUCCGCGUGCCCUUGCCAUCGACCUCAGAGACAGGCAUCUGUACUACUCGGAUUGGCAUCGUGAAAAUCCUCUUAUUGGUCGUGUUGAUCUGGAUGGUCGAAACAACAAAGUUUUCAUCAAUACUGACUUAAAUCUACCAAAUGGUUUAACAAUUCUGCAAGAGAGACGUGAGCUGUGUUGGGUUGAUGCUGGUAUGCAGCGUUUGUCGUGCAUUGGAUUGGAUGGUCACAAUCGUCGCGUUGUAUUCGCACCUUUGGAAUAUCCAUUCGGAUUGACCAAUCAUAACGAACAACGCUUUUAUUGGACCGAUUGGAAGGAUAAUCAGAUUCAUUCGGUUUCAAUUUACGGUGAUGGAUAUACGUCGUUUCCGCCAACGAUGGGAGGUACGGGACGACUGUAUGGAAUAAUGUCUGUGCCGUUGCAGUGCAAAGGAACAGCAAACGGUUGUGCGGUAAAUAACGGCGGCUGUCAGUAUAUGUGUUUACCGGGAACCACGCAAGUGCGAUGUGCAUGUCCGGAUAAUGUUCAAGAUCUUGAAGGAUGCUCAUAG